AUGGCCGCAAGCUUAGAGUUGACAUUUGGAAUACUUGGCAACAUUGUAUCCUUCUUGGUUUAUUUUUCACCUAUCCCAACGUUUUACAAAAUUUACAAGAAAAAAUCAAGCGAAGGCUUCCAGUCACUUCCCUACGUUGUUGGCUUGUUCAGUGCGGCCUUAUGGAUGUAUUAUGCACUUCUCAACUCAAAUGAAACCCUUUUGAUCACGAUUAAUAGCUUUGGAUGCCUCAUAGAAUCUUUUUAUAUAGGUGUUCAUCUAUUUUAUGCACCUAAGAAGGUCAAGGCUGUUUCACUACUUCUGUUGGGAACUGGCUGGUUCGGCCUAAUCUUUAUCCUAACUAAUUUUCUCACAAGAGGUCAAGCUCGUCUCCACAUUGUUGGCUGGUUUUGUUUAGUCUUUUCUGUUUGUGUAUUCGCUGCACCUCUCAACAUAAUGAACCAAGUUAUACGAACAAAAAGUGUGGAAUUCAUGCCAUUUUAUCUAUCCCUAUCCCUUACAUUCAGUGCAAUCAUGUGGUUUUUCUAUGGAAUUCUAAGAAAAGAUUUGAAUAUUUCUAUUCCCAAUGUCAUAGGGUUCAUUUUAGGUGUCCUCCAAAUGAUACUUUAUGCAAUAUACAAGAACGGAAAGAAAGUCGAGGAACAAGGGCUUCAUGUUGUAGAGGAACGACAAACAGAAGUGGUGGAAGAAGCGGUUGAGCAAUGUAUUGAUGUUUCUGCAAAAGUUUAAGGUGACAAUAUUGAAGAGGUUUAUCAUCCAAAUGAAAUCAUGGAAAUCCCUAUGUCAUAGCUGCCUGGUGGCAUUUAGUUUUCUUGUUGGUUUAAGUCUUGAGUAGUUCGUGUGUCAAAUAGUUGCUUGAUUAAUGUUAAAGUUUGUGCUGUUUGUCUGUCUUUGAUGAAUGUUUGUUUUGGUCUGUGCUGUUGUUGUGGUGUUGGGUUGUCUCUCACCAACUCUUGGGGGUGCUAGCAAAUGAUAGGAUGAGUUAGAUGGUGCCAAUUUCGUUGAGAUAAUUUAGCUUAUUGUGAUGCUUUUGCACCUCUCUUUCUUUAUUGAUGUAA